GUUACAAAGACAAAAGGAUUGAAAACUCCGGCUGCAAACGGCGAAGGAAUCCGAUUUUCUCUAAUUCGAUAUCGGUGCUGCAAACAAUUUGCAGUUAUAAAUUAUAAUCACAGACUUCAGUGUCACGCAAGUUUUCGCUACCUGGAAGCAGGUUGGAAUCAAUGGCAUAUGUUUCAGGAAUGACGCUUGCUUCAAAGACCUUCCUGCCAUUUUGUUCUAGAACCUGCUCAUUUCCCUGUCGUGUCAUUUCUUUUCUCACUUUUCGAGGAAACUCCUCUGUCGGCUUCGGCAGGGCCCAAUUUCUUCACCCUUCUUCUACCGUUACAAGUCCAAGAUUCUCUCCCGUUAGGUGUGCUCAAUCUGCUUCUACCCUUGAACCGGAAAAUCAGGUUGCUUCCCGGCCUAAUGUUGUUGAUAUACUCGAAGAAAGAGGUCUCCUUGAGUCAAUCACCAGUGAGAAUCUCAGGUCUGCGUGUUCUGAUCCCACCUUAGGCCCUCUCAAAGUUUACUGUGGGUUUGAUCCGACAGCUGAGAGCCUGCAUUUGGGUAAUCUUCUGGGUAUCAUCGUACUUUCCUGGUUUCAAAAGUGUGGGCAUAAAGUCGUUGCUUUAAUCGGUGGUGCCACGGGCAGGGUGGGUGACCCAUCAGGGAAGAGUCAAGAAAGACCGGAGCUUGAUGUUCAUACAUUGGAGAAAAACAUCGCUGGAAUUAGCAGUAUCAUAACCAAGAUUCUAGAUCAGAACGUGGGCAAAUCCUCUUUGAACCCGAAUUCAAGUAGUUCUUACGCAAUUCUGAAUAACUACGACUGGUGGAAAGAUGUGAAAUUGCUAGACUUUCUUAGAGACAUUGGCAAGUUUGCUAGGGUGGGUACUAUGAUCGCAAAGGAGAGUGUCAAGAGGAGAUUGGAAUCGGAACAAGGAAUGAGCUACACCGAGUUCACUUAUCAGUUACUGCAAGGUUAUGAUUUUGUUCACUUGUUCAAGAACGAAGGGAUCAAUGUUCAAAUCGGCGGUAGUGACCAGUGGGGGAAUAUCACAGCUGGAACCGAGUUGAUCCGGAAGAUUCUUAUGGCGGAAGGAGCAUACGGGCUGACAUUCCCUCUCCUACUGAAGAGUGAUGGCACCAAAUUCGGGAAAUCAGAAGAAGGAGCAAUCUGGCUGUCCCCUUCGGUGUUAUCUCCCUACAAGUUCUAUCAGUACUUCUUCUCAGUCCCGGACACUGACGUGAUACGUUUUCUAAAGACACUCACUUUUCUGAGUCUGGAUGAGAUAAGAGCGUUGGAGGAUCAGAUGGGCAGAUCAGGUUAUGUUCCUAAUACCGCGCAGAAGAAACUUGCAGAAGAAGUAACCCGUUUCGUGCACGGUGAAGAGGGAUUGAGGGAAGCCAUCAGAGCAACAGAAGCUCUAAGGCCAGGAACGGAGACGAAGCUGGACUGGAAGAUGAUCGAGAAGAUAGCGGAGGAUAUUCCAUCGUGCUCGUUGGCCAAGGAGGAGGUACUGAAUUCUUCCAUCAUCGAUAUCGCGGUUUCGUCGGGAUUGUUGGAGAGCAGAUCGGCGGCGAGGAGAAUGAUGAAGCAGGGAGGGAUUUAUCUGAACAACGAGAGAGUAGAAGAGGAGAGUAAGAGAGUUGGAGAUGAUGAUAUUGUGGAAGGGAAGGUUUUGCUGCUCUCUGCCGGGAAGAAGAAUAAGAUUGUCGUUCGGAUUUCUUCUUGAUCUCUUUUUUUUUUUUUUUAACCUUAUUAUUAUUACUCCAAAAUCUCAUUUUUAUCAUGCCAUUAUGAAUGAAUACUGGAGGAAAUUCUUUAUUGUAUUUUGACAUAAUUCUCUGUAACUUAUGCUAUUCAGUUUUAGGACAUUGUUGAUGUAAAACCAAUAUUAUUCCAUAAAACC